AUGUCCGCGGACGUAGUGGACCUGCAGGCUCAGGUGGAGUCGGUGCUGGUGGCGCUGGUCAAAGCGGCCACGGUGGAGUUGACCAAACUGUUCGAGAGCAGGUACCGAGCCUCGGCCGCUGUGGCCGCGGGCCGCACCGAGGACCGGAGGGAACACGACACGCUGGAGACACCGGCCGGUCCAUCUGCCGCGGACACAAAACGCAGCAUCGGGGUGCAAGUGGACGCGGUGACUUAUCUGCAGCUGGAGCCUCCUGGUCCCCCCUUCCUCUCAAAUGGUGAUUGUUUGACUGAGUGCGAGGAGGAGCUGGCUGUGGUGGAGGGCUGCCUCAUUCCAUCAGAAAUCCUCGUGGCUGGAGAUGAUGACCAUGUUGACCCCGAAUGGUCGCCUCUGAAGGAAAAGCUUUUGGCAGAGACUGUGGAUAUGGUGGAGCUGAGCGUCCUUGAAACAGAGUCUCCCGCUGAUAGUGAAUCCAAAACAGAAAUUGUUUUGCAUGUGUGUACGGACACAGCCGUGCAGAACUCAACUACAACAACCCCAAAGCCUCUCGACGUCCUGCCAGACACGAGUGAUAUCACUUCAGAGAAGGAUGAGAAGUUUGUUUGCCUGUUGAAACUCAAACCGGAGCCACAGCAGACCUGUGGGAGCACUGCCCAGGGCACCGCCUACAGCCCGUCCCCGUCGGAUGGAGCACUUCACGUUAUGGUUUGGGAACAGAUCCAGACGCCAAAGGAGGCAAAGAACAGUCUUCAGAUGAAACUGAAGUUGACGUCUCCAGAUCAAAAGCUGCGGAGUCCUUGUGUGGUGCAGCUGGUGGAUGUGCUCAGGGUGGCUCGUUCAGAGGCAAAGUUCCGAGAUGAUGUUGCCAACCGCAAAGCUGGUUGCCGUCUUCCCAAAGAGCUCCGUCGCCACCAAGGCCUCCACACAGGCCAUCGCCUCUGCUGUUUCACCCCAUGUGAUAACGGCAUUUGGCGCCUCAAAGCGGUCGUCACUCACUCCCGCAAGGGAUACGCGUGCAGCGUCUGCAGGAAAACAUUCAAACACAGAAAGAUCCUCCGGCGGCACGAGCGAUUCCACAGCGGAGAUCGACCGUACCCAUGUUCAGUGUGCUCAAAGACAUUUGCGCUCAGGAAGAGCCUCCGCCGACACCUCCGAUUCCACAACGGGGAGAGGCCGCACACCUGCACACAAUGCAGCAAAGGCUUCCGCCUGCGUGAAAAUCUGAAAUCCCAUUUGAGGUUUCACAGCGGAGAAAAGCCUUUCAGCUGCAGCACCUGUGGGAAGAUGUUCCGGAUCAUGAGGAAUCUGGAGAAACACAAUCUGAGCCAGUGUGGAUACUUUGUCCCUUCAUUUAAGACGCUUGCUGGCAUGUAGCUGCUGACGGCGGCGCCACCAUUUUCUACCUCAUGCUAACCUCGUUCAGACCGAUUAGCUGCCGUCCUGAGGGAUCCGAUCACAAGUGGUCAGCACUCAGUUCAAGUCUGAACACGCCCAAGUACGUCCUGAGAUCUGAUCACGCAAAGCACAUUGGGAGGUGAUCCUGGCAACAUUGUUUUCGAUGUCCUUGUCACACACAGCGGACAACCUACUCAGCUACAGUUUCACCAUGAAUCAAACAUAUUCCUGUGCUUUUAAAGCCACAAUCUCAACACUGAACCACCACAUAAUGAUUUAUAUACAAUUGACAAGGGUCAAAUCUUUCUUUAUACAACCAACCAUCAACUCAUGCGGCCCAUUCUCUUUCCCCAUCUCCCCAAACCCCCCCCCCCCCACACACACACACACACAGUGAUAACAAGCAAGUCUGUAAACUCAGACUGAAAAAAACAAAAUUAAUGUUGAUUAAUUUGGUCUUUGAGAACACAAAGAUUUCUAUGAUUAUUUGCAUAAGGAGGGGAGAAGUGAGAUCCGAUCACAAGUGGUUACAGGUGUCCUAUUCAGGACGUAUUCGAACACCACAGACAAACUUAAUGCUGUCUACUUGCCCCUCAGGACUUAAAACCAGGUUGAGAUUCACAGCCAUUCCAAAAAGUUUUAUAAUCAUCACAGUUUCAGUGUGAUGGAGAUUGUCUACUUUUUUUGGGUGGAAAUUUAUACUACUGAUGUUUUUGACUUAUUGUUCCUGUAUUUCUUAUUUCUAACCAUGUGGCUGCUCUCUGUUAUUGUAAACAAAUAGUGGGACAGGGAGUGUGAGUAGAGGAUUUACACCUUCUGAGUUAAACAGAUCCUCACCUGCUAAACAUUCCUGUGUCAAAGUGACGGAUAAAGUUAUUCUACUGAUAUUUGAAUGUGAUGUCUGUAUUCUUUUCUCGUCUUUUACUACUGAAUGUAUUUAGUCAUCCCUCUUCCCAUGACCUUGUAGGUGGUUUAAUUUUUAAAAUAAACCCACAAAUAUUGUAUGUUAUUUUUUUUAAGACUUUUUAAAUGCUUUUUACUCCUCAAUAUAGAUUCUAUAGAUUGAUACAUUGUUAUUGUCUUUUGACCCUCUUCAUUCUUUACAGCAUUAUUAUUGUGCAUUGAUAUUAUAAAACAAAUUCUGGCAA